AUGAUCGGUAUGGAAUGGAGGUCCCAUGGGACACUGAGCACGUGGUCUAGGCUGCCACAAGACGUCAGCGGCAGAUGGCAUGGGUACCCGCUGUUGGCAUAAGUGUCAUUCCUCAAAGAGAGAAGAAGGGGAAGAGAGAGGGAGGGAGGGAGAGAGAGAGAGGAAAAGGAAGAGCACAACACAGCAAGGCAGAAAAAGAGAGUGCGCAGGUUGAGCUUUUCCUUGUGCGUUUGGUUUGGAGGAGAAGCCGCCGCAGCGCAGUUUCAGGGAUAAUUGGGAACAUGCGAGGGAAAUAUGUUGACACUGCCAUUCGAGGAAGCGCAUAUGAUGUGUGAGCCACGUUUUGGUGCCAAUUAUCCCCGCGAAGGCUUACCUGAGAGUCUGGAACAGGAGCGACAACACAACCCGGACAGGGCCAACUCUGACAUGAGGGACGGAGAGGACGAGUUCUCCGACAGAGAGGAGGACGACGACAGAGAGUUCGACCAGGAUGACGACGGGCUUCCCAAAAAGCGAGGACCCCGGAAAAAGAAACCGGGGAAGGAGCAUUUGGACAGGGCCAAACUCCGGCGCCAGGAAGCCAACGCCCGGGAACGCAGCCGAAUGCACGGCUUGAACGCAGCGCUGGAGAGUCUGCGUAAAGUUGUGCCAUGCUACUCCAAAACUCAAAAACUUUCCAAGAUUGAAACGCUAAGAUUGGCUAAAAAUUAUAUCUGGGCCCUGUCUGAGACUCUGAGCGCAGGGAAGAGACCGGAUCUCCUCGCCUUCGUACAGACUUUGUGCAAAGGAUUAUCCCAGCCCACCACCAACUUAGUGGCCGGUUGUUUGCAGCUAAACGCGAGAAAUUUCCUCACAGACCACAACGGAGAGGUCAUGUUCUCUGGCAGAUCGCCUUAUGAUGCCAUGUACUCCUACCCGGGCUCAGACAUGAACACGCCUCCUGGCCACAGCGGCACCAGCCUGGACACCAGCGCCAAACCGUUCCGACACUACAGCUACGGCGGCGCCUACGAACCCUACUACGAGAACCCGUCCCCGGAGGGCGGGAGUCCGCAUUUUGACAGUCAGCUAAGCCCUCCGAUGAGCUUCAAUGGGAUUUUCUCCCUAAAACACGACGAUCCGCCAGAUUAUGGCAAAAGCAGUCACUAUGGCAUGCGCUACUGCAGUGCGCCAGGACGCACGGCUCUGGCGCAUAACUCCAUGUACCGAGUGUCCCCAGAGGCCCGUUUCCCCUACGAUCUGCACGUCCGCAGCCAGUCCUUCCAAGCACAAGGGGAAGUUAAUGGCUCUUUCCACAAUUAA